CUAUAGGCAUCCUAAAAUGUCGGUCAAAAACAAAGUCCCGUCUUCUCCAGAACCAUUGGUCUGUUUUUCUCCCCGCUCCUGAGAAGUUGCAGCCACCCCCAUUCCUGGAGACUCUUGCUAACACUUCCCCUUUAAGACCUUGCAACAACCUCCUCCGCUUCUCCAGCACACUUGAGGCUGCUGAGCGUUCUGGGUGGUUUUCUCCCAACCAAUCAGAAAGCCAGGAGAACUGCAGUCCCAUGGUUCUGGAAAGGAAGCCCUGCAGGCAGUGGAGAGAAGAAGGGGCGAGUCAGAAAGUCUCCUGGCUCCGCCCCCCAGGUGGGUGUGGCCUCGGUGCAGCAGGGUCGCUGGAGUUGGGGAGGAGGCGAGGAAUAACUUCGCUGCAGAGAGUUGGUGGGAUCUACACUGUUAUCCAGACCAAAGCCAAGAUCACACUGGAUGAGUGGGGUGAGAAUUACUUCUUGAUCGGGCCUUAUUUGGAGCUGAAUGUCCGCACGCAAGUGGAGCUGAUUGAGCCUCCCAACCCUGCCAUCCGCCGCACCAUUGACUCUAUGAAUGCCAAAGGAUGCAAAGUUUACUUUGGACGCUGGCUGAUUGAGGGUGGACCGUAUGUGAUUCUCAUUGAUAUUGGGGCAACCGCCUGGAGCUUGGAUCGCUGGAAGACAGAAUUGUGGGAAAGUUGCUCGAUUGGGAUCCCUUGGUAUGACCGAGAGGCCAAUGAUGCGGUUCUCUUCGGCUUCCUCACGGCCUGGUUUCUGGGUGAGUUUGCUGCACAAUGCGAAGAGAAACCGUUCAUGAUCGCUCAUUUCCAUGAGUGGCUGUCUGGGGUUGGUCUCUUCCUCUGCCGGAUCCGAAAGCUGCCCGUGGCUACCAUCUUCACUACCCAUGCUACGUUGCUCGGCCGUUACCUGUGUGCGGGCAGUGUGGACUUCUACAACAACCUGCAGAAGUUUAAUUUGGACAAAGAGGCUGGGGACCGGCAGAUAUACCACCGUUACUGUAUGGAACGUGCGGCUGUUCACUGCACGCAUGUUUUCACCACAGUCUCCCAGAUCACAGCUGUGGAAGCUGAGCAUCUACUAAAACGGAAGCCUGAUAUUGUCACUCCCAAUGGUUUGAAUGUCAAGAAGUUCUCUGCCAUGCACGAAUUCCAGAACCUCCACGCCCAGAGCAAAGCCCGCAUCCAGGAGUUUGUCCGGGGGCACUUCUAUGGGCACCUGGACUUCAACCUCGACAAGACGAUUUUCUUCUUCAUUGCAGGGCGCUAUGAAUAUUCCAACAAAGGGGCGGACAUUUUCUUGGAAGCUCUGGCCCGGCUCAACUACCUGCUCAGGGUGAACGGCAGCCAGACCACGGUGGUGGCAUUCUUUAUCAUGCCAGCUCGGACCAACAACUUCAACGUUGAGACCCUAAAAGGCCAGGCAGUCCGCAAGCAACUCUGGGAUACAGCCAAUGCAGUGAAGGAGAAGUUUGGCAAGAAACUCUAUGAAUCGCUCCUUGUAGGAAAUCUUCCGGACAUGAACAAAAUGCUGGACAAGGAAGAUUUCACUAUGAUGAAAAGAGCCAUCUUUGCCACGCAGCGCCAAUCUUUCCCCCCAAUCUGCACCCACAACAUGCUGGAUGACUCCACUGACCCCAUCCUCAAUACCAUCCGGCGCAUCGGCCUUUUCAACAGCAGUGCCGACCGUGUCAAGGUCAUCUUCCACCCAGAAUUCCUGUCUUCCACCAGUCCUCUCCUUCCCGUCGAUUACGAGGAAUUUGUUAGAGGCUGCCAUUUGGGGGUGUUUCCUUCUUAUUAUGAACCAUGGGGCUAUACACCAGCUGAAUGCACCGUCAUGGGCAUCCCUAGCAUCUCCACCAACCUCUCUGGCUUUGGCUGUUUCAUGGAAGAACAUAUAGCAGAUCCAUCGGCUUAUGGGAUCUACAUUCUAGACCGGCGUUUCCGGGCCUUGGAUGAAUCGUGCACACAACUGACCUCGUUCCUCUACAGUUUCUGUCAGCAGACGCGGCGGCAGCGCAUCAUCCAGCGGAACCGCACAGAGCGGCUUUCUGACCUCCUCGACUGGAAGUAUCUGGGCCGGUACUACAUGUAUGCCCGACACAUGGCACUAGCUAAAGCCUUCCCAGACAACUUCACCUAUGAGCCACAUGAACCGACAGCUGCUGAGGGCUUCCGCUACCCACGCCCGGCCUCAGUGCCGCCAUCUCCCUCCAUCUCUCGCCACUCCAGCCCCCACCAUAGUGAGACAGAAGAGGAUGAUGAGCGGUACGAUGAAGAUGAAGAAGCGGAGAAGGACAGACAGAACAUCAAGACGGCAGCCUUAAUGGGCUCAGUUCCUGAGUGGCGGAAGCGUUCUAAGAAGAGCUCCAGCGAAGCCAGCAACUCCUCCAACACCAGCACCCCCACCCUUCCCAGCAGCCCCAGCGACCUCAGCAGCCCCACCAACUCUCUCAUAGAGGAGAAGAAUUAGCUAGAACACUUUUGCUGACACACCCUCCUAUUUUUCCCAUUCCCACCCUCAAUAGGUCAGCUGUUCUCUGGUGCUGGAUUCUGAAACGGUUCUAGUGUAGGUUUCCUAGCAUGUUUUGGAACUGAAGAGGGACUCCGGGUUGGCGUGUUCCUGCGUUGACAUGCAAGGUUGUCUGUUCUAGAUCAGGUUGUGCAAGGGUGGUGGGGUGAAAGAUGGCCAUGCUCUGAAAGAGAGAUUGCCCUUUGCCUGCUCUACAACACGAGGUACAUCCCUGGUGUCUGCUUGAUCUAGAACACAUGGGGACACAUGCCUCUUGAUCUAGAACACAAGGGGCACAUUCUUUGAAAUGUGUUCUAGAGUGCCAUGUAUUGUCAAUCUUUUGGAUGGAGCUGAUGUGUGUAGGAACUCUGCUGCGUCAGUUGUCUUCCCUGAGAUAUAGAAAUGAUCUUCAGAGUUCUCAUCAUUUCUGACUGGGUAGAUGUGUGAUUUAGAAUACUGAACAAUGCUCCCUCCAUGUGUCACUGACUCAGAAAUUCUGCAGGAUUUUAACGAGUGUUUAUGAACAGGGUUUUGUAAUACCAGGAGGUAGUUUUUGGUCCUUUUUUAUGAUGAUAGAUUGUUGGAGGUCUCAUGAGAUGUGGCCAGCAAAGUUCUAGAACGUUCUAGCAUUCUAGAACGUUCUGGCACUGGCCUCCAGUGCACUUGGAGACCAGGAAUACUUUUAAAAGCCAUUGUUGCUCUGAUCUAGGAUAAUGUUUAUGAGGGGAGAAACAGGCUUUUGUUCUCCUGUGGCUUUUGAAUAAGGUGGUGAUCUCUUGCCUUGCUCCUGUGUUUGAGGAAGCUGUAAAACCACUGACAACAAAGACCCUAGAAUGUGGGAGGCAGGGAUUUUAGAACUGCAGUCCUUUUCAAAUAUAAUUGAAGAGGAUAGGGCUUUCUUGUUAGCAAUGGUUGGCCUAGAAUCUCCUUGAAUAGUGUUGCAGUGUAAAACCAUUGAGAGGCCUAGAGCUGUUCUUGAAUGCAGGACAGGUCUAGAUUGGAUAGGGGUAUUUAGGAUUUUGUUCUGGAAAAAAAACACCCUGCCUCUACAGCCCAAAUAAAAUGUCUAUCAUUCUGGGUGGAAGAAAACUAGAACCACAUUGCAUGUAAAUUGUGCUGAAUAAGCAAUUUAAACCUUCCAGGGAAAACUAAAAGGAUGGCUCCUCAUAGCCUGGACACUCUAGAAUCAUUCUAAGUGCAAUAUAAUUUGUUUUAUAUAAUUUUUAAAGUGCCAUGAUGAACUUAAUAAGAAAGAGAGGAGUACAAGGCAGCUGAGAUCACUUUCUGCUAAAGCCAGUGGAAUAAGCCAUAUGCCCAAAUCUUUUAAAAUUUGUCUUCAAGACUUGCAGUGUUGCAGGCAGGCAUUCAACAGGCAGCUAUAGGCAACUUAUAAGGCUCUUUGGAGUACAGCUUUGACUUAUUCUUUCAGGACAAGGUGUCCUGAAUUGGGAGACUUUCCAGAGAAUGUGUUAGAAGGCUGCAUGCUCAAUGUAAUUGUGGCACUGAUGCUUCAAUGGACUUUGAUAGCUCUGAAAAUAAAGACAAGCUGCUAGUGUAUUAGAUGCAUGCCGCUACUAACAGUCUUCUUGGAAUGACUGUGCUAAAAGGCUGCAGGGAAGAGGCCUUAUGGCCAUGAUCCUGGGUAUCUUCGUUCAUAGCACUUGCUAUCUCAGAGUGCCAAUACCAUUCUGGACUGUUGCUUUGCCAACAUGAAGAUGUAGGAGGACCAAAGUAGGUUGUAGAAGAUAAAGAUUUGCAUCGAGAGAGAGAUUGCUUCUCAAGGGUAUAAGACUUAGUGUCUAGUGGGUGGGUAUUUUGUCCAGCACAAGAGAAGCAACUACCUCUAGGGCAGAGCAAGUGCCAGCCAACCCCGAAGCCCCAGUGAUCCUGCAUCUGCUGCCAACCUUGGUAUCAACUGAAACAAGGAAAAUCAUUUUUUUAAAAGACACUCCCCCUGUGGCUGAGAUCACACACUUGUGCUUCCUGUUCCUAUGGACUGACUAAGCUUCUGCACUUUGAUUAUGAACCCUAUCUUUCCCUUUUACCCCAUGAUCCAUUUGGUUUAAGGUCUCAUGAGCCUCCCUCACUGACCUAGAUUUUAUUUAGGUGUGUGGAAAAAUGCUUUGAGGUUUUUUUGGUGUCUUUCUUCUCUUCCCCGCCCUCUUGAAACUGUGUGAAACAAGUCAACAAUGAAGAAUAAAAGCUGUUUGUGAGACAAA